CUUCACUUCACUUCAAUAAUGUACAGUAAAAGUUUUCCAGGGUCGAUUACCAGAGCCUCCAUUGGACAAUGGAACAGAAGAAAAUUCCGCAUCUAAAAACAUGACUUUCAAAGAGAAACCACUUAAUAGAGGAAACGAAUGUAAAAGUAAAUGGUCCUGUUGUGGACAGAAAUGUUACUAUUUUUCGGAUGAAUUGAAGAACUUCGAAGAAAGUAAAAAAAUCUGCAAGGAAAUGGACUCCACACUUCUUACGAUAGAAGAUAAGGAAGAACUGAACUUCAUUCAAAGCCAACUGUCUUAUUUCUAUUGGAUUGGAUUAUCUCAUAAAGGAGCCGGAAAUCAAUGGACACGGGAAGAUAAAUCAAUGCCUUUUCUCAAAUUUGAUUGGAAAGAGUCAAACAAAGGAAACUGUGCAUGUAUUAAAGCAACGAAGAUGUCUGCUUCUGACUGUUCCAGAUUCAUGCACGUCAUUUGUGAGAAGUAGAUAGCUUGUCUUGCUACCUAAAGAAACAACAACCAAAGGCACAUACAACAACUUUUCCUUAUAAAAACUCAGACCCUUGGAAGUCCAGUCUGUAUAUCUCUCAUUUCAGAAUGCUUUUUUAUGGGCGGCACCUAUAUUCUAGCUUGAUAGAGAUACAUUGUGGACCCUCCAGUUCUGCCUCUUUCAAACAUGGAUCCCAGAUCACACCAGUUAUGAGCACAGGUUGGCAGAGUGAGAAAGUAUCAGUGUUUCUCAAGAACCUUAGGACUGUGUAGUCAAUUUCUGCAACUCACACAGAUUUAGUAAGUAAUCUUGCAAACUGUUGUCACUGUCAUGUACAUUUUACCUGGGAUUUAAUGCCAGGAAUAAGUGAAGUCAUUAUUCUGUAUCAAAUGUAUAUGCAUUUGCUUGAUUCCUUACAUUUUAGCAGAAAGACUGGAUACUAACUGGAAAGAAAAUAAAUAGUAUCUUGAAUCAGAUCCAUGUUUGUGACCUACACCACAACUGAUAGCUUGAGUGCUUUUUGAGAAGUCCAAAC